AUGCAAGCGACCGCCUCCAGAAACUGGCCCCAACGCGCGAAACUACCCAUCACUGUUUCCACACGCCCACCACCCGAACGUUGCAUCCUCAGUCAAGCCACUGGCCAGCCUCUCCCCAUUAACCCCCUCUAUGCCAGCGCCCUCCGCAACUCGCUGAGACAAUUAAGUCUUCGGCCCCCAGAAGUCAGAGUCCCACGCCCUAUCCGUGGCCGUACGAAGAAGAUUUCAAAGGCCAAAUCACGAGGAAGCCACCAGGACAAAGCGAGGAGAUAUUGCCCGUCUCCUCUCCGGAGAGAGGUUUUGGCCGAGGAAGUGGAAGUUAAAAGCUCUUCAAUACCGGUUCCAAAGCCGGUUGGACUGCCAGCCCCGAGUCCAAAAAUAUUGAAGAGAUUGAUCAAGCUCAAUCUCUUCCGCACAAAAGAGGAUUCUGCGCCAAUUUACACUCCAGGAAACAUGCCACGCAUGUUUCUAGCGUCCUCCGGGAGAACUCAAAUCCAGUUUCAGCCGCGGAUAUACCACUGCCAAUUCGCCCGACUUCAGCGUGCAGCCAUUCCGGAGCGUGGAAGACUUUUGAGACGCUCGCUCGCGCUGAAUCAAAAGCAACAACUGCACGUCACAAGAAGGGCGCUGAGACAGACGUCGAGUAUUGUGCUGGAAGAGCUGGGGCAGAAACGCGACGCGAUCGAUACAGCCUGGUGCAAACGCUGCAAACACUGUUUGAAGCACGAGCGGAAGAGGAUACUGAAAGCAGCUAAGCAAGAGUUAAAGAGAACUUUGAAAGCCAUAGAUGAUUCAAGAAAGGAGGAGGAGCAGCAGUUUGACCACCUAUAUCGAAUUGCGAAACAAAGGAGUCAGGGCGAGGACGGAGAGCACGGCAGUGUAGAAGGCGGGGAUGGUACAGUAAAGAAGGUUCUGGGACUGCAUUCGGGUUCGAGAAGGAUCAACGGGUUCUCGAAGAGGGUGCUGGUGUUGCGAGGGGCUGACCUCUUCAAAGAAGCAAGUUGCAAACGUGGUCACGAGGCAGAGGACGUGGAGGAUUAG